UCUUGAGCUGCUGAGAGGCAAAUCUCAUAAAGCAGUGAGAGACAGCUCUAAACGCAUGGCUGUGUUAAAAGAGGCCUUGUUCUGUCAGGCCAUGUUCCUUGCUAUGAUCUGGCAUAUCAACUCUCAGACACUUCAAUUAUGUAACUGCUCUGCUAAAUACUUCCAAUUUGGGGAGAAAAAAAAAACACAAACUGAGUGUGCUCUAAUUAUAACGCAACUAGAGCGGGGGGAAGGAAAAAGCCCUGACAUUAUGUGGGCUUACCUAGCUGUUCUGAUCUCUUCCUGUUCCAGACCGGUUAUGUGAUGCUCUGUAGCACUUCUUUGAAAACAGGGGGAGCAGAUGUGUUUACAUGUUAACAUUACAGUAUUUAUUUUUGCUCUAGCAAUAUCAAAAUGGCCCAACUAAAUAAUCAGAGACUGCCUCCUGAUGAGGAGUACCCGGACCUGAGCAGCCACAACAACCACAUGGCCAAAGUUCUAACCCUGGAUUUAUACAAGAAACUGAGAGACAGAGUCACACCCAGUGGCUUCACCCUGGAUGAUGUCAUUCAGACUGGGGUUGAUAAUCCUGGCCAUCCCUUCAUAAUGACAGUAGGAUGCGUAGCUGGUGAUGAAGAAUCCUAUGAUGUGUUUAAGGAACUCUUUGAUCCGGUUAUUGAAGACAGGCAUGGUGGCUACAAACCAACUGAUGAGCACAAGACUGACUUGAAUGCUGAUAACCUGCAGGGUGGUGAUGAUCUGGAUCCUAAUUACGUGCUAAGUUCCCGUGUAAGAACUGGUAGGAGCAUCCGUGGAUUCUGUCUUCCCCCUCACUGUAGUCGAGGGGAGAGGCGGGCUAUUGAAAAACUCUCUGUUGAAGCUCUGGGUAGUCUGGAAGGUGAUCUCAAGGGGAAGUACUAUGCUUUGAGGAACAUGACUGAUGCAGAGCAGCAGCAGCUGAUUGACGAUCACUUCUUAUUUGACAAGCCAGUUUCUCCUCUUCUGUUGGCAUCUGGGAUGGCACGAGACUGGCCUGAUGCCAGGGGUAUCUGGCACAAUGAUAACAAGACAUUCCUUGUUUGGAUUAAUGAGGAGGAUCACCUUAGAGUUAUUUCCAUGCAGAAAGGUGGCAACAUGAAGGAAGUAUUUACUCGCUUCUGUACUGGGCUAACAAAGAUAGAAACUCUCUUCAAGUCCAAAAACUAUGAGUUCAUGUGGAAUCCACACUUGGGCUACAUCCUGACCUGCCCAUCCAACCUUGGAACAGGGCUCCGUGCUGGUGUGCAUAUCAAGCUGCCGAACCUUGGGAAACACGAGAAGUUUGGAGAAAUCCUCAAGAGGCUUCGACUGCAGAAACGAGGCACAGGUGGUGUCGACACAGCUGCUGUUGGAGGGGUGUUUGAUGUCUCCAAUGCUGAUCGUCUUGGCUUCUCUGAGGUGGAGCUUGUGCAGAUGGUGGUGGAUGGGGUGAAGCUGCUCAUUGAAAUGGAAAAACGCCUUGAAAAAGGCCAGUCCAUUGAUGGCCUCAUACCAGCUCAGAAAUAAAGCACUUUGUUCUCAUGCUUCCUAACUUAUUGGAUGAAUAAUAAAAUGUCACUCCAAUUCAAACCCUGGGGUCAAAGCCCGCUUAGUUACACUGUAGAGAAGUCUUCCAUCCAUCUGUGUUAGAGUUUAUUUUUUUGAUGGCUGAGAUGUUGCUGAAAACGAAAUAAACUGUUGUUUUGGCCUGACA